CCGGUAUUUAUAACGCGACUAGCACCAAGAUGGACGGCGAGUCGCCCGAGGUCCGAGUGUCGGUCGAGGCGCCGACCGAUGGCUCGAUGACCGAGCGCACGCGGGGCACGUACGGCGGCCGCCAGCGCUGGCUCAUGCCGGGCACGCUCGACGGCAACCAGAGCAUCGCGUCGCCCAAGAAGAGCACGUCCAAGAGCAAGGUCACGGCGCCGUCGGUGCAGUCGUUCCUUGGCACGCUGGGCAUCGGCCUCGGCGACGAUCUUCAGAUGGUCGACCGCGAAGCCAACGAAGUUGCUGCGUACCGUCGGGAGUUUGACUUGAUCCGCAAUGCCAACAGCCGCAAGGAGGCCGAGAUCAAGAAAAUCGGAGAAGCGCUCGCGGAAGCAUCUUCGCUUCUCUCAAGCCGCAAGAUGGAUGGCAUGGCCUUCCAGACCAAGGCCAUCAACCUCGAGAACCGUGCGUCGUCGAUCGAAAACAAACUGGAAGACGAGCUCGCCGACCGCGGCGUGUACAGCCACAUGAUACAACGCCUUGCGCUCGAGGUGCAAGAGUCCAAGAAGCUGACGACGAUCAAAGAAAAGGAACUCUACGCGCUGCAAAACGACUUUGCCGCGGGCUCGAUGGCGCUGCAGACGGCGCGGCAAGAGAAAUGCACGGCCGAGACGACCCAGAAGAAGCUCGUCAAGCAGCUGCAAGACCUCCGUGACGAAAACAGCCGCGCGAUUGAAGACAUGGAGAGCGCGAUCGAGAGCACGCGCAAGAAGCAAGACAUGAUCGAACAACGAGAACUGAGCCGGCGCAAAGUGGCUCAAAAUGUGACGGGCGAGCAAACCGCGCGCGAAACCAAGCGGCUGCGCCAAGAAAGCCAGAUCCAGAGCGCGCAGUUUGCCCAGAUCCAGACCGAACUCAUGCAGACCGAUGCCAAGCUCAUUACGCUCGAGGCCGACUUGCGCCGGCUGAGCGAAGCCGCGGGCACCAACGAUAUCGACAAGAUCAUUGCCAAGUACCUCUCGCGCGAAGAGACCUUUCGAAACCUCAAGGAAGAGCAUUCGAUUGCCGACGCCAAGAUGCGCAAGCUCCGUGAACUGUACAAGCAGCUCUCGGACCAACUCGCGACGCUGCGUGGGGCGACCAUGAACACGCGCGGCGCGUACCAAGAGAUGGACGACACGGCCGAGAAGCUCAAGGAGAUUGAGAAGAACGUGUCGGCGCUCCAAGAGCGUUGCAACCGCUCCAACGUUCUCCUCGAUGCGUUUCGAUCGUGCAUGGUCAAGUGCAUGGCAAAAAUGAGCUCGGUCCGAGGGUCCAUGGAGCUCGAGAACGAGGUCGACCUCAACAAGGCCGGCGACAUCUCGACGACCGACCUCGUGCAUUUGGUUGAGCAAAAGCUCAGCCGCAUCCUUGAUGUCAUCAACCGAGAAAAGGCCGAGCACGAGUUGCACCGGUCCGAAACCGUCUCGAAUGGACAUGGCAGCAACAACGCGGGCGACAGCAAGGGCCAGCAGCCGUCGCCCAACGAGACGGAAGAGCAUUUCAUUCUGCGUGUCUCGACGGCCGACAACUCGCAAGGCAACAUUCGCGUCCGGCCAAAGACGCAGCCCAAGGCCUCCAAGGUCGCCAAGAUCCUGCGCCAUUCCCAGGACCAUAGCAACGAGGCGCUCAAGGAGCCAACGCGAUCCAAGGACGACGACGAUGUGCCGCAGCCCGCGAUCGAGACGAGCGACGAGCCGCUCAUUGAUCGCGCGAUGCGCAAGAAGCUCGUCGGGCUCGUCAUCAACCGCGGCAAGCGAGCCAAGAAAGGGUCAGGCACACCCGGGACCGGGCCCGCAUAACUUUACAAACACCCGCCUUUGUGACUCCCU